AUGUCCACGUCAGAGACUUCGCCGGGCCAGCCGCGCAGCCAUGUGCAGUGGAUCCAACUCCUGCGCGACUUCCACCAUCGUCCAGAACGCUUACUGCAUCUCCGCCUCACCGUCGUCCACGAGGACAAGGACUUCCUGGCCAAGAUGCCACAAUUGCUGUGCGACGAAGCUGAUGAGCUCGACAUUGCAUUCCAGUUUCAUUACGCUGUUGGCCAGCUCGAGACACUGGAUUUCAACGACCUGCACAGCGUCCUCGAACUGAAAUCCGGCGAGGCCCGAGCCAUUAUCUGCACCCUGCAGCUGCAUCGCCUUCUUGCCGCCGCCGAUGACACCCUCGUGCCCACCGAGCAAGGCUACGAUCCUUACCACAGCCCGGCGACGCCGCUGAGCUUCGUCUCGCCGCCGGCAUCGACUCCUCAGUUCCACAUGCCACCGCAGCUGGUGAGCUUCCUUUCCACGGCGCGCGCGCUGUCGCCCAAGAUCAUGGUGGUCACGGAGCAGGAUGCCAACCACAACGGCGUCUCCUUCCGGAAGCGCUUCGCCGAGGCGCUCCACUACUACGCCGCCGUGUACGACAGCCUGGACGCGGCCGCCGCGGCGUUCCGGAGGCCUGCAGACGAGCGGGCGGUGCUGGGCGAGGAGAUCAGGGGCGUGCUUCUGCGCGUGGGCGCCCACCGGCAAGAGCGGCACGACCGGCUGCAGCAGUGGGAGGUGCGCUGGAGAUCACCGGGUUCAAGAACGUGCCUCUGA